UCAGUUCUUUCAUAAAUGGAAGGAAGCUACAUGCAAUGCAAGUCAAGCCGACAUCCGUCCUCGUCAAUGGAAAGCAAUGAGCUGACGGAAACAAAAAACAACGGGAGGAAAUGGGUAGUAAGGAUUUGGACCCUAACGUUGUCAAGUCUGCGAAUUUCCGGGUGUGCAAGGUUUCUAGUUACACUACCGAAUUGCUAGAGAUUGAAGCUGAUAACCCGACAUUGCAUGUUGUCGUUGUCCCUGGGAAUCCAGCCAUUGGAUACAUCGGUCACACGAAAGAGAACUGGGAGAAUGGGAAGUUGUUCUCCUUGCAAGAACAAAUUGAUCAUAAGGUAUUCAUCUGCAUGCUUCAUUUCAUCUACAAGUUUGUGGAUUUCAUUUGCCAGGAACUGCAAGAUACCAAAGUUCCCAUAGUUUUGGUUGGGCAUUCUAUUGGUUCCUACAUAACGAUGGAGAUGUUGAGGAGAAAGGGAGACAUGGUGAUAUAUACCAUAGGGCUGUACCCCUUUAUAAUGGUGAAUCCUCUAUCAAAGAAGCAGGCUAAAGUUAGAAACAUGACGAGAUCCUCCAUCCUCUGUGGACUGAUGAGCUUGAUGGCAGCAUUUGCUGGAUUAUUUCCCAAGUGGUUUUCCCAGUACAUGCUGGUACUGUUUGUUAUUGGCAAGAGGUCAUGGUCAUGGUCUAGUUCUGCUUUUGAGACUGCCCAUGCUCAUUAUCUCAAGUACCAUAUGUUCAGGAACAUGCUUUACAUGGCAAAGACAGAAUUAGAGCAGCUUUCGCAGGAACCGGACUGGGAGUUCAUGAGAAAGAAUCACAGGAAAUUGGCAUUCAUGUUUGGUGCUCAUGACCACUGGGGGCCUUUGCAAGUAUAUGAGGAGAUUGCAAAGCAGGUCCCCAAGGUGCCCUUAGCAAUCGAAAGGGAGGGCCAUUCCCACAGCUUCUGUUGCACUGAAGUCGGCUCUAUGUGGGUUGCCAGGCAUGUAGCAACCUUGCUAAAGGCUCAAACUUCAAGCUCAGCAGCUUCUGCAGCAGAUGAUGCGACCCUUGCUCACGUUGCAAACUAGUAGGGUAUCGUACGAAAAUAACGCUUACAAUUAUGCAGGGGUGGAGCUAGAGGAUUCGACGAUCACGUGUAAAUGUAUCACGUCUAAAUGUAUCGGGUUCUUUGAAAAUUAUGUAAAAAGUACAAAUGAUAUAAUAACUAAACCGUGCACUGAAAUUUCAUUGUUGUUGCUUAUAGCGUAGUGGACUUGUUGUCAUGUGGUAUGUGGGUUCGAUCCUCAAUAACAAUUUCAAAGUUCAAUCUAA